AUGGCUCAGCUACUGUCUCCAGUGUGCACUGAUGCGUUGAAAUUCCAGAACCCAUCACCAAGUUUUAGUUCAAGAAAACAAUGGUCCAUUUUGGGGAAGAAAUAUAUGAGUAACCUACCCAAAAUGAAAUACUAUAUGAGUUGGAGUCCAAUUGCUAGAAGAAGACAAGGUGUUGGAAGGCUCAGGGUUGCCACAGCAGACCCUUCAUUGUCUGAAGAUUUUGCUGAUGAUUACUAUGCUGUUCUUGGAUUGCUUCCAGACGCCACACCAGAUCAAAUCAAGAAAGCUUAUUAUAAUUGCAUGAAGGAGUGCCAUCCAGACUUGAGUGGUGAUGCUCCAGAAACAACUAACUUUUGCAUGUUCAUCAAUGAGGUUUAUUCGGUUCUUAGUGACCCGCUGCAGCGAAUGAUUUAUGAUGAAAUUCAUGGAUAUGCUAUGACUGCAAUAAAUCCUUUCUUGGAUGAUUCGGCUCCAAAGGAUCAUGUAUUUGUCGACGAGUUCAGUUGCAUAGGCUGUAAAAAUUGUACAAAUGUUUGCAAAGCUGUAUUCACCAUUGAGGAAGACUUUGGUAGAGCCAGAGCGUAUAGUCAGUCUGGAAACCCUGAUUUAAUUCAGCAAGCUAUUGAUAGUUGCCCUGUUGACUGCAUUCACUGGACUUCUGCUCAGCAGCUGUCUUUGCUUGAAGAUGAAAUGCAAAGGGUAGACAGAGUAAAUGUAGCAUUCAUGCUUUCAGGAAUGGGCUCUCCAGGUGUAGAUGUUUUCAGAAUGGCAAGUUCUACAUGGGAAAAGAGACAAACCAAGAUCUUGGAACAAGUCAAAAUGAGGAUGAUGAAACAGAAAGAAUCUGAUAAAUAUGAAGCAUUUUGGAACAAUCUCUGGGGCAAACCAAAGGGCUACAGAAAUUCAGAGGAAGAAGUUAAAGAGAGAGCAAGUAGAGCUGCGGCGGCUGCUCGAAGAUGGAGGGAAUACUCAAGAAGGGGUGUUGAUAAACCUCCCACCAUUGAACUUCCAGAAACAAUCUCUAACACUGAAAAUUAAGCUGUAAUUUUGAUAGCUUUUACUUUCACGAUUCUAUGUAAUUAUUGAUUCUAAAUUCCAUCUGUUGGACGCAUAUGUAACUCAUAGUAGAUACCGUGCAUAUAGUAAACUUGAUAUUGGCUCGUUCAACUGUCUUAUAGAUAAUCAAUAAAGCAUUAUUCUUGCACAUUUUGUGCGCUACA